GCCAGCUGCCACUUGGCUGGGGCGGGGGAGGAGAGGGUUGGGAGGUCACCCAGCCUGUCCCUUCAUCAUGCAAGGGAGAGGGCCCUGGAAACCCUCAUCCUCAGCUCGCACUACCGCUGGGUCAGGAUAUUUGACUCUCUGUUCGCCCCAAUCUCGAAAAUCAAAAGCUGGGAAGUCUCAGAAACUAAGUAGGGCAGGGCUGGAACUGGAGAGGGGAGCAUCGAUUAUGCCAUAGCUUUACUGCUCACUGCUGGAAAAUAUUUUGAAAAAGUUAGCGUGUGCCAAUACUUCCCCUUCUGGUGCCCCAGCUGAGGCAUUACAGUUAAGGACAGUGGUUCAAAGGGUUGGCCAAGAUGUACUCUCUUUGUCUCAUUAGUACGUUUAGGAAAAACAGAUUUUUUUCCCAGCUAGCCCAACUCAAAAAUCAGUUUCUCACAGAUGCUUGGAUUUCUCUUUUCCUGAUUGACAGCUUUCCCUGACCUGGGAAAAAACAACUGCAGAAUUGCCAAAAUGCGUUGGAAUUCUUAAAUGACUCCAAACCAGAAGUCUGUUGGGAUACAAAAUCGUAAGAGCAGAAGAAGCAGCAGGAAGGAUUUGGUGCCAAUGCAGCAACAAAAAAGACAGCCAGAGUUAGUGGAAGGAAAUCUUCCUGUGUUUGUGUUUCCUACAGAGCUUAUUUUUUAUGCAGAUGAUCAGUCAACACACAAGCAGGUGUUGACUCUGUAUAACCCCUAUGAGUUUGCCUUAAAAUUCAAAGUUCUUUGUACAACUCCAAAUAAAUAUGUCGUUGUCGACGCCGCAGGUGCAGUGAAGCCUCAGUGUUGUGUUGAUAUUGUGAUUCGUCACAGAGACGUUCGGGCUUGUCACUAUGGCGUGAUAGACAAAUUCCGUCUCCAAGUGUCUGAACAAAGCCAGAGGAAAGCAUUAGGGCGAAAAGAAGUCAUUGCUACACUACUUCCAUCUGCAAAAGAGCAACAGCAAAAGGAAGAAGAGGAAAAAAGAAUAAAAGAACACCUGGCUGAAAGUGUCUUUUUUGAGCAGACUUUGUGUCAACCAGAAAACAGAUCUGCCUCAUCGGGACCUAGUUUACUAACAGUCUUCCUGGGGAUAGUAUGCAUUGGAGCACUAAUGCUACCGACACUGGGGGAAGUGGAAUCCUUGGUGCCUCUCUACCUCCAUUUAAGUGUGAAUCAAAAGUUAGUAGCUGCUUAUGUUUUAGGUCUCAUCACCAUGGUUAUCUUGAGGACAUGAGUAAUGACGUAAUUAGAUGUAAAAAAAAAAAAAACAACCCCAACCUUAUCUUACUAUAUAUUUACAUCAUGAAUGUGGACUGCCUUUUACUCUCAUGUGACGCAUUAAGAUGCUAGAAAAGCUAUUCAGUGAUUUAAAAUACUUUCAAAAGUGUAAUAUAUUUUAACUGGGUGUAACUAUAAAUAAACGACAGGACUCUUAGGUGCUUCUGUUACAGCUAUGGAAUGUUUAGUGAUAGCUGUGAAAUUAUUUUGAAGAAACUUUUAUAUCUACAUCUGCUGUACAACAGACAUAUUAAAGCAACAUUUGUUAUUUUAAAUCCAUGUUCACAUCAGUGUUUGAUCACUAUAAAAGCAAAACUGUUCAUUUGGAAAGGUUCAUUUGUUUAUUCCAUUGCUGUAAGUACAGAGGUUACUACGUAACAUUUUAUGUAUAAAUACCAGCAUGAUCAGAGUUUACAUAAGGCUUGUCAUUUAAGAUGCACUUUGAAAUUCCAUCACUAAAAACUAUGAAAUAAAUACAUUGUUUA